CGGCCGUUAGGUGGAGGAGCGGAGUGAGAGAGAGAGAGAGAGUGCGAGGGGGAGGAGGUGAGUACAACGCGGUUCGAAGACAGCCUCGUCCGGGCGAGACGCAAGCCGAGGCGGCUCGGAUCUGGCAGUCCGACUGUUGGCAGUCGUUGGCGGCCGCUUUUGAAGAUGCUCAAUGCCGAGGGGACAGGUGGCGCUGCUGUUGAAAGUCUGAGCGUGAGAGUCCUGACUCAGUUCUUCGCUCCGCGGAUCGCCUCGCAGAGGUGGGGCCCAUCCGCCGGGAGGAGGAAGAAGAGCGAGGAGGCUCGGGGACCCAGCAAGGUAGCAGGGCGGCGUCGUGGCACAUCGUGGUUAGAGAGGGUGGCCGAGCUUGGGUUCAAACUCGAGCGCACACAAGCCCAAGAAGACGGGCGCAGGUGCAUCGGCUCGAACAUGGCAUCUAAUGGGUGCGCUACCAGAGCGGCGCGCUGAAGCGACUGCGUAGACCGAGUAGACCUAUCAUCCUCAACAUCACACCACCAUCGUCACCGCCACCACCACCAGCACCACCAGCAUCACCACCUCUCGAUGCCCAAGCGCUCACGAGGCGGGCGCCAACAGCCCCUCCGACCCGCCGCCCGCGCGCGCCGCCGCCGGGCGGCACCCGGCGCGCAGCGGCAGGGCGAGGCCGGC